AUGGAGGCCGCGUCACGGCGCCAGGUCAUGGGCCCUGUCUUGCUCCGUUAUGGUUUCAGCCCAGACAAACGUGGCAGCGCUGAACUCAGGGCAGUGAUUGCGGACUUGGCCAACAACAACAAAGACAUUCGGAGCAUGAACAUGGACAUCCAAAAGUUGGUGAUUAGCAAUUUUCCCGAUUUGAAGUCGGAUCAGGCAGAGGCGGCAUACCGAGCUGCGAGCGCUUCAACAGCAGUUUCAACCACGGAGGACUCGCCCAAAAGCAAUGAAGCAACAAGGCAUGAGGGGGCCAAGUCACACGGAACCCCUCCGUUGAGGGCAUCCUCUUGUACUCCUAAGACAGCGAAAUCCAUUGGCAUCCAUUCUUGA